AUGGGGAACUGCCAGGCGACGGAUGCGGCAGCGGUGGUGAUACAGCACCCAGGGGGGAGGGUGGAGAGGCUCUACUGGCCGACGCCGGCGAGCGAGGUCAUGAGGAGCAACCCUGGCCACUACGUCGCCCUCAUCACUCUCUGCCGCCUCCCAGGCGAGGGCGUGCCGGCAGGGCAUCCGCCGGGAGGCGGCGGCUCCACCGCCGCUGAAGGGGCGCGGUUCACGCGGGUCAGGCUCCUCCGCCCCAAGGAUAACCUUCUUCUCGGCCAGGUCUACCGCCUCGUCACCUCUCACGGUGUGAUCUCUCACCUUCCUCCUCUCAUUUUCCUGCGGGUUGCGUUGAUUUCUCCUUUCGUGGUGCUCGUACGGUGGAUGAUCUUGCUUUUCAUUUUCGGGGGUGGGGGGUAGAGGUGAUAAAGGGGCUUCGGGCGAGGAAGCAGGAGAAGAUGAGGGCUCAGAUGGACGUGCUCAAGAAGCAGCGGCAGCAUGAGAGGACGAAGGCGCCGCUCCGUGAUGAACAGUGCUCUGAAUCCGCCGCCUCCAGCGGCGGCCUUGCCGAGCCAGAUCAAGCUCAGGUAAAUCGUCUGCUCCGCUAUUCAAAUCGGUUUCCCGAGAAACCCUAGCCCGACAGUCGCCUGCUCCGAUGCAGAGGAGAUCUUCCAUCGGAAAACCUUGGCCGGGGAAGAAAGAACAGCCAGUCUCAUCCGUUCUGAAUUCGUUUGCAGGCGGCCAAGGAAGAAGAAAGGAACCGCCACAGGGUGGCGCAAUCCACCUCUCGGCUGCGGCAGUGGCGGCCGUCGUUGCAGAGCAUAUCGGAAGUCGGAGGAUGA